CGUAACCAUGUAUAACAAUCUCAAACCGUAAGGAGGGGCCGAAUAGAAACAAAAUGAGUAAAACGAAAGAAAAGAGGGAGUAGAAGAGAGGAGAGAGGGGAAAAAAAGAAAGAGGGAAGAAAACAACAACCCAAUGCUAUUUUCAUCAAACUAACUAACCACUAACUAACUGGAAUUUAUUCAAUACAGUUACCAAUCUCCUUCUUCCUCCCUUUCCUCACAGUCUCCCUUUAUUGAGGUAUUUUCACCCCGUAUUUGGGUCUCAUCGUCGACUUUCAUCACAAUGGCUAGCGAAAGUGGGGAGAGAGCUCCUCGCGAAGUGAAGAACCACAUACUCUUUGAAAUUGCGACCGAAGUUGCCCACCGCGUUGGUGGUAUUUACUCCGUUAUUAAGUCCAAAGCGCCCGUGACCACCGCCGAGUAUGGAGAACGGUACACGCUUAUUGGUCCUCUUAAUCACCAAUCCGCCGCCGUUGAAGUUGAAGAACUAGAACCGAACACCCCAGAACUCGCUAAGAGCAUCGAGGCUAUGAAAAACCGGGGUAUUGGCAUACUCUACGGACGAUGGCUAAUUGAGGGCGCCCCGAGAGUCCUGCUUAUAGACACAAAAACCGCAUAUAAAUAUAUGGACGAGUGGAAAGCCGACUUAUGGAAUGUUGCUAGUAUUCCGGCCCCGCCAGGCGACGAUGAGACCAAUGAAGCAAUUGUUUUUGGCUACUUAGUUGCCUGGUUUCUCGGAGAGUUUGUCUGUCACGAGAAAAACAAGGCUGUCAUAGCCCAUUUUCAUGAAUGGCUCGCCGGUGUUGCUCUACCACUAACUAAGAAACGACGUAUAGAUGUCACCACCGUCUUCACUACGCACGCGACCUUGCUAGGCCGCUACCUCUGCGCUGGUUCCGUCGAUUUCUAUAACAACCUACAAUGGUUUGAUGUUGAUGCAGAAGCUGGAAAGCGUGGUAUCUACCACCGCUACUGUAUAGAACGUGCGGCUGCCCACUCCUGUGAUGUCUUUACCACCGUAUCGCAUAUUACCGCUUUCGAAAGCGAACAUUUACUUAAACGCAAACCCGACGGUGUAUUGCCGAAUGGACUUAAUGUCACCAAAUUUUCUGCGAUGCAUGAGUUCCAGAAUUUGCACCAACAGUCAAAAGAAAAAAUCCACGACUUCGUCCGAGGCCAUUUCUAUGGGCAUUACGAUUUUCUGCCCGAGGACACCGUAUACUUCUUCACCGCUGGCCGUUACGAAUUUCGGAAUAAAGGAGUCGAUAUGUUUAUCGAAUCUCUCGCCCGUCUCAAUCACAGAUUAAAGAAUGCCGGAAGCAAGACAACCGUCGUGGCGUUUAUUAUCAUGCCAGCACAAACCACAUCGCUGACAGUUGAAGCCCUAAAAGGCCAAGCAGUCAUCAAGUCCCUUCGCGACACCGUGGAUGUGAUUGAGCGUGGGAUUGGCCGCCGCAUCUUCGAGAGGUCAUUGAAAUGGCACGACGGGGACCCAAUGCCAGAUGAAAAGGAGCUUAUCACGAGCGCCGAUAGGGUUGUUUUGCGCCGUCGCCUCUUUGCCAUGAAAAGACAUGGGCUGCCACCCAUUGUCACACACAACAUGGUCAAUGACAACGACGACCCUAUCCUUAACCAGAUCCGGCGGGUGCAGCUUUUUAACCACCCUACCGAUCGCGUCAAAAUUAUUUUCCACCCUGAAUUUUUGAACUCAUCCAACCCCAUUUUGCCACUAGACUACGAUGACUUCGUGCGCGGGACAAAUCUGGGUGUCUUCGCCUCCUACUAUGAGCCAUGGGGUUAUACCCCCGCUGAGUGCACGGUUAUGGGUGUCCCUAGCAUCACUACUAACCUAUCUGGUUUUGGCUGCUAUAUGGAGGAACUAAUUGAGAAUUCGGCGGAUUACGGUAUUUACAUUGUGGACCGACGCACGAAAGGCGUUGAUGAUUCGGUCAAUCAGCUCACCUCCCACAUGUUCGAGUUCUGCCAGAAGAGUAGGCGUCAACGAAUUAACCAGCGCAAUCGGACUGAGAGGCUGAGCGAUCUCCUCGAUUGGAAGAGGAUGGGUAUGGAAUACGUCAAAGCACGGCAAUUAGCUCUACGGCGGGCAUAUCCAACUUCCUUCUCCGGUGAGGAAGAAGAUGACUUUAUACCAGGGGUUGAGCAGAAAAUCUCGCGGCCUUUCUCGGUUCCGGGUUCUCCUCGCGACCGAACGGGAAUGAUGACGCCCGGUGAUUUUGCGAGUUUACAAGAGGGGCGAGAGGGGUUAAGCACGGAGGACUACGUGGCGUGGAAGCUGCCUGAGGAGGAAGACCCGGAUGAGUAUCCGUUCCCGCUAACACUCCGGACGAAGAAGACGGGCUUCUCUGGGCCAGCGUCCCCUCUUGAUGGCGUACAAAUCAAUGGAAACCAGUGAGAAGGGGUUCGGCGGUUAAUAGGGCCAUGUUUAACC